AACCCAGUACGGCCAGUCGUCGUCUUCUCUACCUGGCUCUCUCCUAGAUCAGAUCACCAACCGCCCGCCACCGUCACCGCUCGCGGUCGCCGGAGAUCAUCCUCUUCUCCGGCGACCCCGCCACGCCGAUCCCAGCGAAGGUUGUCUGCCCACCUCGAAGCUCAGCUAGCGCUUCCCACCCCUGGGUCAGUCACCUCCCCCCUAAAUUUGGCUCGUCCGCCGCUCGGACCAGCCCCGCUAGGGUUUUGGCCCAAUGGAUCCGCUCCGGAGCUAGCCCCUGGGGCGGCUCCUCCUCGAAGAGAUCACCCCGGUGGUGAUGGUGCUGACAACACCGCUCGCCGAGGCCGCCUGCCGAAAGAGCGGCCUCAGCUUCGUCGACAUGCUCUCCCCGUUCUCGCUCUUCAAAAAAAUCGACGUUGGGACAGCUUCACCAGCGUUGUUUUGGAGAGCCUGACAGCGCCACCCGCCGCCGCUCCCUCUCCCUCCCCGUUCCCCCUGCCCUCCCCGGCUGGCAUCGUCGUGCCCCGAGCUAGCCCCUCAAAACCCCGCACCAUGCAGUCCUUGGCGAAACCUCGGGCGCUCGAGCCCCUCCCUCCCCUUGCCGUCCACCUCAAGUCCAUGUCGUACGUGGAUGUGAAGAUGCGGUGGAAGAAGGACGUGUCGUUCGACGCCGUCCCUGUGCUCUCCCACGCGCGCGACCUCCACCCGCUUGCCUCCCUGGCGCGCCUCCUCUCACCGUCGCCCACCCCCGUAUCGGCGGUCUCCAAGCGCGGCCGCUCGCUGGAGGUCCCCGACCGCCGGGUCACCUCCUUCCUCCGCCGCUUCCCCGCCGCCUUCGUCGAGUCCGUGGGGCCGCAGCACAACCUCCCCUGGUUCCGACUCUCCGAUGCCGCCGCCCGCCUCUUGCGGGAGGAGCGGGACGUCUUCGCCGCCCGCCGCGCGGAUGUUACUGGCCGCCUGCGCCGCCUCGUCCUGAUGUGCCCGCGACGCCGCCUCCCGCUCCGCGUCGCGCAGGGCAUGCUCUGGCAUCUUGGAAUCCCGGAGGACUACUUUAAGGACCCGAAUCAAGGCAUUGCACAGGAUGGAUUCCAGAUUUUAACUUCAGGAGAUGGAGUUAUUUGCCAGGAUGACGACAACGAUGGGAGGGACUUGGGUCUAAUUGACGAUGGAAAGCUUCAAGAAAUGCCUCUCUCGGUUCUCCAGAUGAAUGCUAUGAGGAAGUUCGGAUCAGCGGCAGAGGUGCCUAUCCCACUCUUCCAGUCAAAGGGUCUCCGGUUGAAGCAGAAGAUUAAGGACUGGUUGGAAGGGUUCCAGAGGUUGCAUUACGUGUCUCCAUAUGAGGAUUUCAGCCACAUCUGUCCGGGUAGUGAUGUUUCAGAGAAGCGGGCAGUCGGGGUGCUCCAUGAGCUGCUUAGUCUGUUUGUGACAUGCUCUGCUGAGAGGCGGCGGUUACUCUGCCUUAGGCAGCACCUGGGUCUGCCACAGAAGUUCCAUCUUGUGUUUGAGCGGCACCCGCAUGUAUUCUACUUAUUGUUAAAGGAAAAGACAUGCUUUGUUGUCCUCAAAGAGGCAUACAUGGCUAGGGGAGACACUGCAAUUGAGGAACACCCCAUGCUGGAAGUGCGCAAGAAGUUUGUUGAGCUGAUGGAGCAGUCACAGGAAAUCAUAAGGUGCCGACGGAGCGGGAAGCCUAUUGAACCUGAAUCCAAUGUAUCUGAUUCUGGGGAUAUUGAGGAUUGCAUUGAAAUUUUAUCAUAACAAGCCAUGUUUUUAGCUGAUAUGGAUGAUGGGAAUCAUGUGUAAAUAUGGCUUCUACAGCAAGAAUGAGGAACCCUACUCUUGGUUGGAGCCAGUUUGUUGCUCAUUAUUUGCAGAGAAAUUCAUCAAUUAUAGAAACAGCAUCCAAGUGCCAUUGAAAAGAGGAGCAAUGCCACUACAGAUGUGUUGGUAUACUGGAGAUGCGUGAAUAGGAGAAUGAUUGAACGUGCAAGUGAAAUCGGAUGAUACCUUGAAGUUGGGAGCGCGGUUCUAUGAUGCAAUCGAGCUGAGCAUUUACUGAGGUUAUUUGUGAUGUCUAACCAAACUUUGUUGUUGUGUUUCUUGUAAGUAAGUCGAGUAUCUGGAAAUUGUUUGUUGAACCAAAGUUUUCUGAAGCUCACCACAAUCCUAAGCAGUUUAUAUUCAUAUGCAAGUUAUCUUGGUCUGAACAAGUUGUUAUUCUAUUAUUGAUUUUGCAAGACAAGCCUUGAAUUUGUGGCCCGCUCAAGUUUGACAAGCAAGUUAUAAAAUUCCUGCCACAAUUGAAGAUA